AUGGUGGGGCCGGACGAUGCUGGGGCUCCGGGCAGCGCAGCCGUGCUUCCCGCGGGCCGGCAAGAGGUGGCGGCGGAGGAGGCGGAGGAGGAGGAAGAUGGAGAGCGGGAUGGGAGCCGGGGCUUGAGCCGGAGGAGCGGCGGGCCAGGGCAGGAGCGGCUGCUGCAGCGGUACCUGGCGGCGCUCGGCCCUGCCGCGGCGCCGGGUGGCAAGCGCUGCCCGGAGAAGCCCGCCAACGGGGCCGCCUACGUUGUGGGCCCCCGUGGGAGGAUGACCAACGGGGACGUCGGCUUCCUGCUGCUGCCGCCGCCUCCAGAGGAGCCGCCGCUGCCUUCUCUGGCAGGACUGGCCGAGCCGCGGCGGGAUGAGCCGGAGGAAGAGGAAGCAAAACUACAGAACGGGGGCUUCCUCCCCUGCCCGCCCGGCCCGGGGAGUAGUGGCGGCGACUUCCCCACGGGAACGGCCUUGGAAGAGCCGCUGAGGAGCUGCCGACUGCGGAGUGAGGCGGAGCGGUGCGGUGGUACGGCGGCGGCCGGCAACUCCCCGCUGCCCCUCGGCUCAGAGGACGAUGCUGGUAGCCGGGCGCAGGCCGCCUCCGGCGUGCGGACCUCUCGAGGCCGGGGUGAGCCCGCUCCCCUGACCCCUGUGCCCCUCGGUUUCACGGACGUGAACCUGAACUCUCGUAACACCUACGAGGUGAGCCGUCGCCGCAGCGCCCCAGAGCACCUGCCCACUGGAGGGGCGGCUCCUGCGGCCCCGGCGCCGCCGCAGGAGCCGGCGGAGAGGGCCCAGCGGGCGGGCAUCGCUGGCAGCAGCUUUGCCGAGUUCUUCACCAGAAAUUUUUUCACUAAAAGGACAAAGGAACUCAAACCUGCUGUCCAAAGUGCUCCUGGUUGGAAGUUGUUUGGAAAAGUCCCACCCAGAGAAAACCUUCCAAAAGAUUCAAAAAUAAUUCAGCAGGAUGACAGUUCUGGCAGUCUUGCAUCAAUAUCUGCUCUCAGUCUAUUAAACACAGGGGAAUAUGAAGCACGGACAGGAAGAAUGUAUAAACCUCCACCCCCAUCAGCAAGACGUAAAAAUAUUGAGUUUGAACCACUUUCAACUACUGCUUUGAUUCUGGAGGAUCGACCAGCAAAUCUUCCUGCCAAAUCAGUGGAGGAGGCUUUACGUCACCGCCAAGAGUAUGAUGAAAUGGUAGCAGAGGCAAAAAAACGAGAAAUUAAAGAAGCACAUAAAAGGAAGAAAAUAAUGAGAGCACGUUUCAAGCAAGAAGAGAAUAUUGCUAGUGCUAUGGUGAUUUGGGUCAACGAAAUCCUACCGAACUGGGAAGGCAUGCGUGCUACCCGAAGAGUUCGAGAGCUGUGGUGGCAGGGAUUACCCCCAAGUGUACGUGGGAAGGUUUGGAGUCUAGCUGUGGGAAAUGAAUUAAAUAUCACUCCUGAACUUUAUGAAAUCUUCUUGUCGAGAGCUAAGGAACGAUGGAAAAGCUUCAGUGAGACAGGUUCUGAGAAUGAUGUGGAAGAUGCAGGUGCCUCUGUUGCUGAUCGUGAAGCCAGUCUGGAGCUAAUUAAGUUGGAUAUAUCACGCACAUUUCCAUCCCUGUAUAUUUUCCAGAAGGGUGGUCCUUAUCAUGAUCUCCUGCACAGUGUUUUAGGAGCAUAUACAUGUUACAGACCAGAUGUGGGAUAUGUACAAGGGAUGUCCUUCAUUGCUGCUGUGCUCAUUCUCAAUCUGGAAGAGGCAGAUGCUUUCAUUGCCUUUGCUAACCUUCUAAACAAGCCAUGCCAGCUGGCCUUUUUCCGUGUGGAUCACAGCAUGAUGCUGAAAUACUUUGCAGCCUUUGAAGUAUUCUUUGAAGAAAAUCUUCCCAAAUUGUUUCUUCAUUUCAAAUCAUACAGUCUUACUCCAGACAUAUAUUUGAUAGACUGGAUUUUUACGCUCUACAGCAAGUCAUUACCACUUGAUCUGGCCUGUCGUGUCUGGGAUGUUUUCUGUAGAGAUGGAGAAGAAUUUUUAUUUAGGACAGGGUUAGGAAUCCUUCGGUUAUAUGAAGAUAUUCUCCUACAGAUGGACUUUAUUCAUAUAGCACAGUUUCUAACAAAACUACCAGAGGACAUUACAUCAGAAAAACUUUUUAGUUGUAUUGCAGCUAUUCAGAUGCAGAAUAGUAACAAAAAGUGGGCACAGGUGUUUGCCUCACUGAUGAAGGACAACAAAGAAGGGGACAAGAACCAUAGCCCAGCACUGAAAAGCUAAUUGUCAUAGUGUUGAGGCCAAUUGAAAAUGGAAAACCACUUGAUGACAAAGGAGGUUUCACAUCACUUCUGUGUGGAAAAGCACUAUAGAAAAUGUGAAAAUGAGAUGGGAAGAUAACACAGCUGGAAAAAUAGCAGUGGAAAAAUAACACAGUGAAGUUAAUGAACUGAUGAAAUCUUCACCCUUUUGCCAGUAUUAGCUUUUGUUGUGGGAA